GGAAUUGUAAUCGUUCCUUUCAUACGAUUCAGCGACGCUGUGCACAGCGUCACCUUUGCGGAACGGAAAAAGCAGUGAACUUCGAGGGAGUGGGAAGGUUAUACGUGCAUAAAGUUGCACAGUUUAGUUGCCAAUCGUAAUUUUCUGUUAAUUUAAGCAUAAAUUGUUAGUAUCUAAAUAAUGUUUAAGCGAAAACUCAAAGCUCUUGGAUAUAUGGAAUGGGACAAGGUUAAUGGAAAUGAUGAGCAACACGUUAAAAAGUUAGUGAAUUGGUUGGAAGAUCAAAAUAUCAGGCAUUACAAAAUUGAAGACCGCACAAAUUUGCAUAACAUAAAUUCUAACCAGUGGCAAGAAACUUAUGAUAAAUAUCUUGCUGAUCUUGGCUGUCCAUCUCUUCUAUCUCCAUUGGAAAAGUUAGAAUGGCUUGUAGCCUUGGCAGUACGACUGGAGUUUGAAGAUGACUGUGAAAAAUAUAAAGCUGUUUUGAGCAGUAAAAAAAACGAGGCUGCUCCUACUGUCAAAUCCACAAACCCGCUCGACAAUUUAGAUUUUCAAUGUGAUGAUUUCAAAAAUGGUGUUAAUUCAUUGGCAAAACUGUUAACAAUACCUCAACAUCCUAAUCAUUUGAUGACACUUGAGGCGUGUGCUAAACUUAUUUGCAAAAGAUUGAAUCCAGCUGCUAUUCAAUAUCCGAAUUCGGUUAUAGUUACUGGAAAACCGUUUCCAAUCAUGGAAACAGAAGUUGGAUUUAAUAUGGGUGACAAGGUCUUGACUAAUGCAGCCAAAGUACUAUGUUUAUUGUACAUUCAAGAUUUAAGAGAUCUGCAAACUAAGAUCAACGAAGCAAUUGUGAGUGUUCAAAGUAUAACAGCCAAUCCUAAAACCGAUACAAAGUUGGGCAAAGUAGGAAGAUAA